GUCCGAGUUUGUGCGAGAAAUGAACUACUACUCUUAGGAUGCGGUGAGGAUGUAGUCUGAUGCUUUCAUUUAUUGGCAAUGGUUGAUUAUUUGAUCGGAAACAUUUCAUGAUGGAACUAGUUGGAGCGCAUUCUCCUGUUACUCACAUGUUACUUUUCAAUUUUCAGCAUACAGUUGGAGUUGUAUGGUGUAUUAGAAGAUGACUUUAUUUGUACAAAUCCAGCUUAAUUGAAAAGCAAACUACAAUAAAUGCUAUACAUAAUUCUAGACUGUUUUCUACAUAAUUUUUGUCAAAUAAACAGCAGUUGGUCAAUCCCAAUGCCUGUCAAGACAGUAUUAUGAAACAUGCCCUCAAGUUCCCAUCCAGCCUACUAUUCUAAUCCACAUAGUGUAUUACCCCAAGAAUCCAUAUCGAUGCAAACAUAUUACUACAAGAAUAGUGUCCCCGUAUCCGGUUUGGGUCCAAACCCAUCAACAGCGACUCCCCGUGCAUCAGCGCUCCCUCAACAAACAUCCCUAACUACAAAUAAUCAUUUAGGUGUUCCUGGAUCCGCCCGUUUAUCAUCCCAGUCACCUCAUAAUGGUCAUCCAUAUGGGAAUUUUCGAAAUAGUCAGUCAAAUGGUCUUCCUAAUAACCAAGAUGUAAUGUCGGUUUCAAUGCACGCCCCAUCAAAUUAUUAUUAUUGGCCUUCUGGGACUACACCUGGACCUAACACUACGCCAUACAACUACAGUGAUGUUUCGUCACAUACAUAUGCAACCCCUACACCAGUAUCCAAACCAAACAAUACAGCUGGUUAUCUUAACCCUAAUAAAAAUGGUCUGACUAACAAAAAUAAUCCAUCCAAUCGGGUAACUCAGCAGUUAAAGAAUACGACAUCUAACUCAAGUGGCAGGCCGUUAUGGAAAGAUCGACCACAUGUUGGGAAAUAUAGUUUAAUCCAAACUAUCGGUAAGGGAAACUUUGCAAAGGUCAAACUUGCCCAGCAUUUGACAACCGGAAUGAAGGUUGCAGUCAAGGUAAUCGACAAGACAUUAUUGAAUCACUCAAGUCUACAGAAGCUUUUUCGUGAAGUUCGUGUUCUAAAAAGCUUGAAUCAUCCGAAUAUAAUCAAAUUAUUGGAGGUUAUUGAAUCUGAAAAACAUUUAUACUUGGUCAUGGAAUAUGCAAGUGGAGGUGAAGUAUUUGAUUAUCUUGUUUCACAUGGUAAAAUGAAUGAAAAAGAUGCACGAUGUAAAUUUCGUCAAAUUGUUUCAGCUGUACAGUAUUGUCACCAAAAAAUGAUUGUUCAUCGAGACUUGAAAGCUGAAAAUUUAUUACUUGAUGCUGAAUUGAACAUAAAAAUAGCAGAUUUUGGAUUUUCAAAUUAUUUUUCUAAUUCACAAAAGUUGGAUACAUUUUGUGGUAGUCCACCCUAUGCUGCACCGGAAUUGUUUUUAGGACGUAAAUAUGAAGGUCCUGAAGUUGAUGUUUGGUCAUUAGGUGUAAUUCUAUAUACAUUGGUUAGCGGUACAUUGCCAUUUGAUGGAAAAAAUCUAAAAGAAUUACGUGAACGUGUGUUACGCGGUACCUAUCGAGUGCCUUAUUAUAUGACGCAUGAAUGUGAAAUGUUACUGAAAAAAAUGUUGGUCCUUAAUCCAGCUAAACGUAUUUCAUUGCAGGAAGUCAUGAAUGAUCCAUGGAUGAAUCAGGGUUAUGAACACAACAUACUUAAACCUCAUACUGAAGAGCCAGCCGAUUAUUGUGAUCCUGAACGUAUUGACAUUAUGAUUCGUAUGGGUUUCAAACGCGAGGAUAUUCAUGAUUCUUUGACCCAACAACGAUUUAAUAACAUUACUGCUACAUAUUUACUAUUAGCCCGUUAUGAUCCGCGUGUUCAUGGUCGGCUACGAGGUUUGCCUAGUACAUCAACUACUAGUUUGAAAUCGGAUAGUCAGUCGGUACGUUCACGUCAAACGCCAGAAACACAAUCUAGUACACCAAACACUUCAAGAUCACAGUUUCACAAUUCACCAUCACAUAACAGUUUAGGUAUGACAUCAGUCACUACUACUGGUUCAGUAACUUCACAUUCAAUGACAAAUGGCGUUACCAGUCGUAUUACUGAUUCAUUUGGUUUAAAUACCAGACAUGGAACUGCGGUUUCUCGUCCUAACAAGGAUACAAUUUCUGCUACUACAAUAACAUCAGAAAGCUUAUGUACAGACUCCUAUGCAAAUUCAAAUCCAUCUACAACAAAUUCAAACUCAAACAGUAGUGCUCGCGGUUUUGCAAGCUCAGUGCGCAGAUCUAUUACUGUUUCCGGACCAUCAGAUGCUAAUCAGGUGACAGCCCCUUUACCAGGUGUAUUAUUAAAAUCAUCGGUACUUCCUACAUUAACUACUCUUUCACCUUCAAUAUCAAAAAGUUCAUCACCCCCUCCACCGUCUCAAGCACCGCCAUCUGAUAUUUCUCAUCAGAUACCUGCAACUCAACCUUCAGUUAUUACUCUUCAUCCUGCUUCUGUUACCGCUCAUUUAACACUUGCUAACAUGUCUAACGGACCAUCAUGUUCAAUUCCAUCAAACUCUAAUUCAGUACCACCACUAGUUACAUCAUUUACACGACAUAAUUCUCGUCCACGAGCUGCUACUCGGUCAUUUUCUAUUCAACCACAAACUAUUGCACCAUUAGCAUUAGAUGAAGAAGAAAUUGGAAAUUCAAUCAAAAAUCAACGAAUGCAUAGUCGAAAAUCUCCAUCGGUUGAAAAUAAAAUAAAUAAUCAUACUAACGGAUUCAUGAAAGAAUUAUCAAUUUCUUCGACAAGUUCUGAAGAUGCAGUAUCUGAUGAUAAUGAUUUGUAUGAUAAAGAUUCUGGUUCUGCAUCACCGACCUCUGUAAAAUUAUCUCAUUCAUCUAAUAAGUCACAUAAAAGUAAACAUUUUUAUCAUACACAUAAAAAUCACGCUUCUUCAUUCGUGACAUCAUCAUCAACAACAACACCAACAACAACAUCAACAGGAAUCAUAAUGACACCGACAUGUGUUACUGUAGCAGCUGCUCCUAAUAUUAAUUUUAAUCAUAAAGGCUAUUUAUUUUCAUCAAAUGAAAAACAAACACCAGUCAAUGGUAGUUGUGAAGAUACAUCAACUAUGAAUCAUGUCCAGCAUCGAGAAACAUCACAAUUCAAUCGCGCCACUCCAGUUCGACGCAAAUCAAUUAGUACAACAAGACCUAGCUGUUUGACAAACACUACAUUGACAGUGAAUGCAAAUUCGUCACCGUUCAAUAAUUACUCCUCAAUAUCGAGUAAUAACGAUAAGGAAACUACAACUAGUUCUACUGUUUCUUAUAAAAAUUCAGUUAAUUCAACAGUAGCAAAUCGUGUUAAUUUAUUUAACAAUGAAUUAAAUAAGAAUAACACAUCGUCUUUAGAUAUUGAAUCAAAAAAUGUAAAUAGAGAACAAAAUCAACCAAGUAUUUAUCCUAAACCACGAACAAUGUUUCGUUAUCCUCCUAAUGCUGCAGAUAUACUAAAUGAAUCUAAUCCUUUUCGAUUAGUCGAUAAUACAUCAGCAACUGAGUCGUCAAUUACACCACCGACUAUCCCACCACAUAGUUCUCGUUUACCUGGAGGAAUGAAUAAUACAACAAUUAAACAGUUCAAUAAUAACAGUAAUACAAGUCAAGCAAAUCAAUUUUUAGAAGGAAUAACAAACACAAGUACAGUUAAUAAUAGUAUUGCUCCAAUUAACUCGUUCGGUGCUACAAUAAGGCGUCCUACAGCACCUGUCCCACAAAAUACUAUUGUACCUAAUUCAUCUGUUUCUAUUAAUCCAACAACACGUACUUCUUAUGCUUAUCAUUCAUUAAGAUUGCCAUCUCAUACAACUGUUAAUAGUUCUACUAAUGAAAUUCUCUUGCAUCAUCAACUUGGUCGAGUAAAUAAUCAAUUAGUUCGUCCAUCAGUUACCUCCUUAUGGUCUAAUGGCGUUAGUGAAAUUGGCUCAAAUCAAUCACCUACGAAUUCUCCUUAUACAACUGAUGCGACAGAGGCUACUCCAAACCUUCCAUUCAGCCGUAAUCUACCAGAACGGUCAACAAUUCAGCAUGUACCGACCGGAAGAGCCAGGGAACGUCUUGAAGGGACAUCGGGUGGUCCACGACUUGUUCGUCACCCUGGAACACAAAGUAUUGCUCAUCCAACUAAUGAAUCUCACUCUCGUACGUCAGCCGGUAGUUCGAAUUUUCCUACCCCAAGGCCUAGCAGUCCUGAUCUAUCAAUAUCCUCCGGAACUUCAUCCGCUUCCACUUUAAGUCAUCACGGUGAUCGGACAGAUUAUGAUGAAGAAUCUCCAACACCAGAAAAUGAAAGACAUGUUGGUAUUAAUCAGAGAAGCCAUACUAUUGAACCCUCUAUUCAACCACUCACUCGAAACUUUUCUGUACGUCCUUCAGUUAAUCGGUUGGAACAUGAAUCUAUUCACAAUCAUUCAAAUACUAAUGGAGGUAUCAACAAUUUUUUUCGUACCCUAACAACUCGUAUAUCCAGUAGCAAACUGUUUCGAAGGUCCGCCGUAAUUCAACCCGGUUUAUUGGCCACUUCUCCUGAGAACAAGGCAUCUAAUAUGAAUGACCCCAAUGAUCCCGACAUGAGAAUGGCACCCACAAUGGAGCUUGAUAAACUGGCUGUCGCAUGUGGAAGUCCUCCGCCAGAAACAUAUCACAAAAACAGUUCUAUAAGACUUCCUCGCAGUCGAAGUGGAGUCACUCCACAUCGGGUCACUCCUCAGGGAUCUCGAAGACUAACUGAUUUUAGCACAGUUACUGUUGAUGAACGGUCAAGUCGGAAGAAUGCAGAUGCAACAGAGACUCUGAAUCGAAGAAGAAAUAAAAAUGAAAUGAAUUUAGAUGUUACUGGAUCUAUGAAUCGGAGACACAGUCCAUUCUCUCGAGAUUCUCGUUCUCAGUCAACACAUCGUUCGUCAUCACGACAUGAUGAUCGCAGUAAUUCAAGACCUACUCCUCCACCAGUCCCAGCUCGUUGUGCAGUUGGGAUACCUUGUUCAGGUCAAAAUAAGUCUCCUUCGCCAGGAAAUGACAAUUCAAUAUCGAAUAACGGUGUAUCUGAUACCACUCUUGGACGAACACGUAGUUUGCGAUUCAUGUUUCGCAAUGAAACUGCUAGUCGACGCCAAAUAGAAGAAAUGAUGCUCGAUAUAAAACAGGUUUUAACUAAUAAUAACAUUGACUUUGAACAAGUUGGUGACCUAAAAUUGCAGUGUGCUUACGGUGAUCCUUCACGUGGUUGUCAAAUACCAAAUUUGACUAAUCAUAGCCAAACAUCUAAAAACUCUAACAGAUUAUCUCGCUUAACCGAUAAAACAGAACAUGGUGUUGUACAUUGGGAAAUGGAAAUCUGUAAGCUUAAUCGAGCUGGAGCAAAUGGAGUACGAUUUAAAAGAAUCAGUGGAUCGACAUCUGAUUUCAAACGUCUAGCAAAUAAACUUGCCUCUGAUCUGGAAAUUUAAUUGAAAAACACAUAUAUAUACAUAUUCAUAGAUAUACAGAAAUUAUUGCAUUUCACUUUAAGUAGCUAUCGUUUGGGUGAUAAUCAACCCAUUUUGCUGUGUAUGUUCCAGUUUUGUUUUGUAUGUAUAUUUAAUACUUUAAUUUUUAUGUAACAAUGUUCAGCUAUAAAUACAAUUUGCCAUCAUAUAUAUAUAUAUAUCAGCCGCUUGAUACUUUUCUCUUCUAUUCUGAAACACCAAUAAAUAGUGAAAAUUAUCUUGUGCCUGAAUCUUGCAACACUAUUAAGUUGUGUUUGCAUUUUCUUUUGUCUCAUUUAAUUGUAUGAAUUAAUUCGGGAUUAUUUUGACUUAAAAAUCAAAUAAACAGCUGAUUGUAUGUCAUAAUAAUGAAUGAUUUCAAAACAUUUUUAUGCUAUAUCAGUUGAACUGUAGAAAAAACUAUAAGCAUAUAUUUGUUUACUGGUUAGCAGACAGUUCUUUCUUUAGUAAUAUACACCUACUGUUGGUCACUGAUAAUUGUGUAUUAUUCUUAUUCACUUCUAUUUCCUUUCUGUCUUUAAUAAAACUAAUAGAAAAUAAUUUUAGGCUGAACAAGAACAUUUGAGUUUAAUAUGGAAUUAUCAAGAAGAAGAAGAAGAAGAAUUGAGAAGGAAAAGAUUUAUACCUUUAUUUCUAUUGUUAUAAAAAAUGGUAUCCGAUUUUUACUAUUAAAUUUCUUCGUUUCACUUUCACUAUCUUAUUAUUUCUGUCAAGUAGUUUUUUAUUCUUAUUUGUUUCUGUGGGUGUGUGCAUGAUGAUUGUUUACUGAUUAAUCAAGGAUUUUUUUUUAUUGUUUUGCCCUUUUAACGAGGAUCGGUCUUUUGGUUUUUUUCGCUCUUUAAUCCGCACAUACCUGCAUACACAUACAUAAUCAUAUACAAAUAAACCUGAAUUAUAGCAGAUGAAUUAGCUCAUAAUGAUAAUUUCGAAAUUAACUUGAUCUCGAUUUUUCUAAAUUAAUGAGAAAAUUUAUUCACUGAUUGAAUUAUUGAAAAUAUGCUUCGUAUUUCUGCUCUUCUGUUUUACUUACUGGAUGGGAGUUUGUAGAAACUGGUAUUUGUAUUUUUUUGUGACCUGUUGUUAGUAAAUCCAAUUGUCAUGG